UUCAAUUCUUUGUCAGGGUUCACAAUUAUGCGAGAGGCUGGUAUCAGUUUGAUUUGGUUGGUUGUAAAAGAAGAGAAGAAUUUACGACGACCCUUUGAUUCAGCGAAAAACAAUGAUUUUUCGAACUCAUUCUCAGAACCCUAAAUCAAAUAAUCUCAUCUUCAAUCUCUUCUUAAUAAGCUUCGAUAUAUAUCUUCAAUGGCUGAAUCAGAAAAUGGAUCGCCAGUGAGUAACCUGAAGGUGGAAGUAAGAGCAGGAAGAAUAAAAGAAACUUCACCUCGUUAUCGUAAAGAAAGUCAUGUGAAAGGAGGAGAAGAUACCAUCGAGGUGAGCACUCCAAUCAGCGAAUUUAAAGGUCAGAGUAUUUUUGAUCGAGCAAAAGAAGAAUUUGAGGCGCUUGUUGAAACGAUUCAUCCCAAGAAAGAAUAUGAUUAUUUCGUUUCCCCACCUAAAAAGGAAGAUGGAUUUCGAGCCACCAUUGGAAGAAAGUUGGAAAAAAUUACAUCUGCAAGGAGUCAUAAUCAUCAAGAUUGAGAUUAAUCUAUCUACUACCAAAUUAUGACUGUUUUUCCCCUGAAAUUAAAUUUUGUUAAUUGUUUGCAUUUGUAAAAUGAUUUUGCAUAUCAAUUAGACUUGACUUUUGGUCAAAUUCUGUGUAGUAGUAAUUGGUGUCUAUAUUGGUAUGAGGAUUCAUCAAGUGGUAUGUUGUUUUUAA